AUGGCCCGAAAUCUAUUACUCUCCUUGGCCAACAAGCACUCCGCCCAUCAUCAGCCAGACUCUGCCCCCUCGGAACCCCCGAACAAUGGCUGUGCCCCAGCCCAGGACUCGAGCCGAGUGCGGUCAAGAUUACAUGCCCUCUUUCACGCCAAAGACGAGCAGCACCCACAACCUCAUCAUGAUCCCUGGGGCGGCGAGAGUAGAGCUUCAGAACAGACCGAUAGAGAUGCGGGCGAAUUGGCUGGAGCGGGUGUUGCGGAGGGAGCGGAUGAAGGGAAGCGAUCAGAGACGCCGAACGGUGAUCCUAGAGUGGCUUUGACACUGAGUCCUCCGAAACCACAGAGGGAGGCUAUCAAAGUAAUGGUGGUCACAUGGAACAUGGGAGACGCUUUGCCAAAAGGUGAUCUUUCUGUGCUCCUUGGACAGGUCCCGCCCUACAAGCCACAACCGGCUACAUCUGAGAUUCCUCAAUUGCCCGUUGAAAACGCCCAUCCCUACCACAUCGUUGUUGUUGCCGGACAAGAGUGUCCGACCCCCAGUGGUGCCCCACGUGGUAUUGGAGGUGGUCUCAUCAAGGGUAUGACUCUGAGGAACAAGAGGGAAAGCAAGGAGAAGGAAAGAAUGGAGAAGGACGAUGCUGAGAGCAGAGGCGAGGUUAUUGAAGGCGACCUGGAGGAAGGAGCCGGCCUCAAAUCCCCCGACAUUGCAGAGGACGACGACUUCAAGGGAAGAGUGUCGAGUCCAAUGACUUCUCAUUCCCCCUUCUUCCAUCGACUGCCCACAACAAGCAAAGGCUGGAGUACCAUGCUCGACGACUUUCUAUGUGGGCCCAACUACAAAUACAAAGCACCGCCUUCCUUGCCCUUGAGUGAUCAACUAUCCAAUCCUACCUCGCGAGACUCCCCGAUGCCUCAAAAGUUUCCCACAGGAGCAUCGUCUCCUAUCCCUUCUCCAAAGCCUCCUAUCUUCAGAUCAGCAUCAGUGCCUGCCACACCUGCAACUCCAAUACUUAUUCCAUUUAGUAAAGGUUCAAAUUCUGGCACCCAAACCCCGACAGGUAUUUUGCGCACGCACAGCCGGUCUCAUCCCAUCGUAAGCCCCCCGGGGAAUUCGCGGUCUUCUUUAGAAUCAACGGGAGUGGAGUCAUCCUCCGAGUCUGGAAACGAAGAGGACUACUCCAAUACAGCUACCACGUCCGAUGAAUACAAGAACACAAGAAAGCCAAACAGGCCGAAAUCCUCGUCAUCUCCUGUAAAGCCAAGCAUGAUGCGCCCGGAGAUUGUCAUACCUACAGGCGAUGGCGCCGAUGAGGACGAGGGCGAUGGAAGCUACGUUCACGUGGCAAAAGAAAGACUGAUGGGAAUGUACUUUUCUGUCUACGUCUACAAGGGCGCCGAGCACUUGAUACAAGGUCUGGACAAGGACUUUGUGACAGCAGGUCUUGCUGGUGGCCGGGUGGGCAACAAGGGCGGGAUCGGUAUCAGUCUCAAGCUAGCGGGACACCGCUUCCUCUUUGUGAACUCCCACCUUGCAGCCCAUACAGAUCGCAAGGCAGCCCGAAUAGCCAACAUCAACAAGAUCAAAUCUGAGCUUCGACUGGACUGUUUUUUGCCGAAAGACGACCCGAGAUCUCAAGAAGAGGACAUUACCGAGAGGUUCGAUACUGUCUUCUGGUGCGGUGAUCUGAACUUUCGGCUUGAGCUUUCCAGGUUACAUGCAGACUGGCUUAUCGAGCAAAAGAAGUACGAAGACGCCCUUAAGUGGGACCAACUUCGCAUGGCCAUGUCAAGCGAAGAGAACAACCCCUUCCCCGGGUUUGAAGAAGGCCCCAUAAACUUUCCAUGUACCUUCAAGUACGAUGUCUGGAAGUCGGUCAGAGCUACCAAUCGCGAGCUUCGUAGAACUCUCAAGCGACGAAAGUCCACUACGUCGGCUAUCUCUACCGGUGAUCCAGAGCCGUCAGAUCUUGCUGUGCCACCUGCCAGGAAAGCAGGAGGGCAUCAGAAGACUCUCAGUGGUGUACCCGAAGCGGGUGCCAUGGAAGAAAUGGGUGAAGAAGAGCCCAGCGUAAAAAAUCCCAGUAGGGCGAGCAAUGAUCUCGAAACGCCUUACGAGUUUCUGAGCCAGAGAGAAAACUCUCCUUACAGGAGUGAUGAUGACUACGAUCGUCGACGGUCAUUUGAAUCCAGCCGGUACUCGGGUAUGGCAUCUACCACUGCUGGUACAGAUUUUGAUGAUUCGGACGACGAUGAGGAGCCUCAGGCGUCAGCUCAACAGCUGAAACAAUUCGAGCACGUUUUCAAAGAGAAGACGCGGCACCUCUUGGAACUGGUCAAGAUGGAUGGUAUUCUGACCACAAGUCCGGCCAAAAAGGAGCGGAAGCGUCAAAUGAGCAACCGGCGCCGUGGUUUCAGCUCUGCGGGACAAGAUAGAAGAGAAGAAAGGGAAAGAGAGUUGGAAAGAGAGGAGGAAGAGUUGCGGGACCGAUGGGGCAACGAGUCUCGCCGGACUUCAAUGUCGAGCUUUGUCUCCAAUGCUAUCGAGGACGACAAUCGACGCACAUCUGCCUCGUCCUAUCGAAGUGUGCGAGCAGGCCCAUCAUCUUAUGAGGGUCAUCUGAACGUUCCAGGAACUUCAAAUCGCUCAGAUAACUCGCACUCGUCUUUCUCUCCACCCAAAUUCGACCAAGGGCUUGGCAAACCACCUUUUGCUAGGAAAAUGUCUGUCAUGAAAAGGAACCCGAGUGGAAAGUCUUUCAAAGAUUUUGAGGAGGAGGAAGAUGACGAGUUUGAAAUGGGCUUGGACAGGCGGGAGGGGAUAUAUGACACCUCAAAGAAGCAACGAGUGCCCAGCUGGUGUGACCGCGUACUCUGGAAGGCCCAUGUGUCACCUGAUCCUCCCUCACCUAUUGUGGAAGCUGUUGAAGCAGAUGACGAGUCUCUCCCACAAGAUCGGAGCUUUUCACGCCUAUCCACGGUCUUUACCAGUUUUGGUGGCCAUUUCCGCCGAACAGCCACCAAAGAUCCUUCUCCUCUUGCAGCCUCUGCCAACACCGACACUGCUCUGCGCAUGAAGCAAGCGGUCGAAAGUAGUGGAGAUGAUUACGAGUUGGAGCGCAAUAUCAGUCGGGCUUUAGCAUAUGAUGCGGAGAGAAACCUUGGUGAUACGGUGGUCGAGUCUCCACCCGAGACGCCCGAUCUCAAUGCUGGACCUUCCUGUGUGAAUGAGUCGGGACUUAUUCCUGCACCAAAAAGAAGUAGCCCUGCACGAUCACAAGCAAAAGACGGCAGAUUCUUUCCCUCGAGCCAAUCUAUCCCUACUCCUACUAUCACACCCCGUAUCAGCCCAGUCAAAGGUGGCUCUGGCUCUGCGACGCCUCAGGCCAACCAGUCUACGCCCAACCCCACUCGACACAUGCUCUCAUUUGACAGUUUGCCCAAAGGCAUCUCCACACCAAAGCAAUCCACGCCCACUGCCGAGACCCCCGUUCGGUCUCAAUCUCCCCAGGUUGAACGUAUCAAGUCUGCCUUUGGGGCACGCCCCCGUUCGCACUCCCAUAACGCGGCGUCGGACAAACCGGAGAAGGAGAAGAAGAAGGGACGAGCGAGUGAUGGCAUUGUGGGAGUUCUGGCAACUCCUACCAAGAGCGCCGUUGCGCUGAGGCGGAAAGUGAGCGGGGCGGCCUCCCGCAGCGGCAGUCCGGUUGCUGCCUCUCCAAUCAGGGCUAGCACAGCGCCCGCGACUGGCGACUACUUUGUGGCUCCGAAUGCGGACCCGACAGUCAACACUGACCGUCCUCCGCAAUCUGUGGCAUGGGGCCCUCCGGACGCCCCGCAUCAUUUCAAAUCUUACGCUCCUCUAACAAAAGAACCCAUUGGAAUGUCGCCCGUCACCCAUGCACCCACCGCCCCUGUGCCCAACCUCAAAUCAAGCGCCAAUACUAGAAAAGAAGAGUUUGGCUCGCUGAGACGGUGGAUGAAAGAGUUCCCGGGGUGGCUGCAUGUGACUAAAGACAAACCUGUCGAGGAUAAGGAGAUGUUGCAUCCGAUCGUUGAACAGGAAAAGAGGUGGCAGAAGGGCGAGGUCAGGUGUCUACAUUAUGGGACCAUUGAUGAUUCUGGGAUGCGCUUACUGGAAGGAAGAUCAGACCACCGUCCGGCUAUAUUUGCUGGCGCGGUAUAUGUAUGA